AUGUCGAGUCCACCGGAGGAAUCCGAUGAGUGGAAGGCCCAGGACAAAGGGCCGACCAUUAUUGUCGUUUGCUGGAUUGUCACGGCCAUCAGCACCUGUUUCGUUCUCGGCCGAGUCUAUGUAAGGGGGAAGAUCAUGAGGAAGUUCCACAGCGAUGACUGGUUCAUCAUCCUAGGGCUGUUUUGUGGUUACAUCUCGACGGCUCUGUCCACGAUCGCAGUAUCCUACGGCAAUGGGAAACACAUGAAGCUUCUCUCGGACGAGCAGAAGCAAGGCGCCAUCUUAUGGACAACAGCCGCCUUCUGCCCUGGCAUCAUGUCUUUUGGCCUCCCCAAACUGGCCGUGAUCUCUCUCCUGACGCGGCUCAUGAAUCCAGGGAGGUAUCAUAAGUGGUUCUUGUGGUGGAUGGGAAUCUGGUGCCAGUUGACGCUCUUUGUGACAGCAGGACUUCUCCUUGGGCGCUGCACGCCAGCCAGGUCACUUUGGGACUUUUCUGUCACGGGCGAAUGCUUCAGUAAACAGAUUUUAGUCGCGUAUUGCAUCUACGCGGGCGCAUUCUCAGCGUUUGUUGAUGUUUACCUGGCUGUGUAUCCGGCAAUAGUGCUCUUCGGUCUCCAAAUGUCCACCAAGAAGAAAGUCGCUCUGUCAUGCGCCCUUGGUAUUGGUUCAGUUUCUGGUGUUGUUGCUGUUUACAAAACAACUCGCAUCCCGUCUCUCGCAAGCGAUGACUUCUCUUAUGAUACCUCUGAUCUGGUUAUUUGGACAGUUGUCGAGGGCAGCACCAUCAUCAUCGCGAGCUCCAUACCUGUUAUGCAGCCACUCCUCGAGCUCAUCCUGCGACGCAACCCCUUCAGUUCCGGGAAGGGAUCCAAGCAGACACCGCAGUAUUACGAGCAAUACGGCUCUCAGAGCAAAUCAAAAUCGCGCGGCGGCGGCAUCGAGCUCGGCCAACGCAAGCCCAAGUCCAAGCCCAAGGACGACCUCGGCCUUACCAUAAUCGAGAGCGACGACAGUCAAGAGAACAUACUAUCCCCAACAACCGGUACAAACAACCAAACCUCCACAUCAUCGGGUGCCCCGACCCUCACAAACAACAGCGACUCUAGCCAGCAUGCUGCGGAUGGGAAAAUCAUCCGGACCGAUUGCGUGAGCAUUUCCUAUGAGGAGAGGGGACAUACGCAAGAGACAUCUGCUUCGAGCAGGUGGAGGGCCAUUUGA